UAACAAUGUCGAUAUCCCUAAUCUGGAGCACCCUGUCGAUGAUACGGAAGAUGAUUAUGAAGAUGGUUCGAAACCCUCUCCAGAACUAAUGAGGUUAGUGGAGCAAGAGUCUAAAGAAAUAAAACCCUAUCAGGAGGAUGUCGAAAUACUCAACUUGGGUGAGGAAGACGAGAUUAAAGAAGUAAAAAUCGGUACUACCAUGAAAGAGGAGGUAAGAGAAAGGUUGCGUGUCCUAUUGAAGGAAUUUAAGGACGUGUUUGCUUGGUCGUACAAUGAUAUGCCUGGUUUGGAUACCGAUAUCGUGCAGCAUAAACUCCCUCUUAAGCCCGAAUGCCUCCCGGUCAAACAGAAGCUAAGAAGAAUGAAGCCUGAGAUGUCUUUGAAAAUCAAGGAAGAGGUGCAGAAGCAAUUUGAUGCAGGGUUUUUGGCUGUGGCGAAAUACCCGCAAUGGGUGGCGAAUAUCGUACCAGUACCCAAGAAAGAUGGUAAAGUUCGAAUGUGCGUUGACUACCGUGAUUUGAAUCGUGCAAGUCCAAAAGACAACUUCCCACUACCGCACAUCGACACUCUAGUCGAUAAUACAGCCAAGUUUUCGCUAUUUUCGUUCAUGGAUGGUUUCUCAGGAUAUAACCAGAUCAAGAUGGCGCCAGAAGACAUGGAAAAGACAACCUUUAUCACACUGUGGGGAACUUUUUGUUAUAAGGUGAUGUCCUUUGGGCUCAAGAAUGCCGGGGCAACAUAUCAAAGGGCGAUGGUGGCACUUUUUCAUGACAUGAUGCACAAGGAAAUCGAAGUUUAUGUGGAUGACAUGAUUGCAAAGUCCGAAUCGGAAGAAGAGCACAUUCUCAACUUGAAGAAAUUAUUUGAGAGAUUGAGAAAGUAUAAACUCAGGUUAAACCCCGCCAAAUGCACGUUUGGAGUGAAAUCUGGGAAAUUGUUGGGUUUUGUGGUUAGCCAAAAGGGGAUAGAAGUGGAUCCUGAUAAGGCGCGAGCGAUAAUAGAAAUGCCUGCGCCUAGAACAGAAAAGGAGGUUCGAGGUUUUCUGGGUAGAUUGAACUACAUUGCUAGAUUCAUCUCCCAAUUAACCGCUACAUGUGAACCAAUGUUCAAGUUGUUACGAAAGGAUCAAGCUGUAGUUUUGAAUGAGGACUGUCAAGCCGCUUUUGAAAAGAUCAAACGAUACCUGCAGGACCCUCCCGUAUUACGUCCACCUGAACUAGGAAGACCACUCAUUUUGUAUUUGACUGUGUUGGAUAAGUCAAUGGGCUGUGUGUUGGGUCAGCACGAUGAAGCUGGGAAGAGAGAGCACGCUAUAUACUACUUGAGCAAGAAAUUCACAGACUGCGAACAAAGAUAUACGUCGUUAGAACGAACUUGUUGUGCAUUGGCGUGGGCUGCUCAUCGCUUAAGGCAAUACAUGUUGAGUCACUCAACCUGGUUGAUAUCCAAGGUAGACCCUAUCAAGUUCAUUUUUGAAAAGUCUGCUCUUACUGGAAGGAUAGCUCGGUGGCAGAUGCUGUUGUCAGAAUAUGACAUCGUGUAUGUUACUCAGAAAUCCGUCAAGGGUAGUGCGUUAGCAGAAUACCUGGCUCAUCAACCCAUCAGCGAUUAUCAGCCAAUGCAGCCCGAAUUUCCCGAUGAAGAUAUUAUGGCUCUAUUUGAAGAAGGCAGAAAAAACCGAGACGAAGAAACGUGGACAUUAUUAUUCGAUGGAGCCUCGAAUGUGAUGGGGCAUGGCAUAGGGGCAGUUCUCGUCUCUCCAGAGCAGCAGUACAUACCAAUGACAGCAAGGUUAUGUUUUAAUUGUACAAAUAACAUUGCAGAAUACGAGGCCUGCGUUAUGGGUAUUCGGGCGGCAAUAGAGUUCAAAGUAAAAAUUUUGGAUGUGUAUGGAGAUUCAGCUUUGGUCAUCCACCAGUUGAAGGGAGAGUGGGAAACCAGGGACGCAAAAUUAAUUCCUUACCAAGCUUACAUCAGAGGAUUAAUGGAGUAUUUCGAUGCCGUCACAUUUAACCAUAUACCGCGAGAAGAUAAUCAAUUAGCAGACGCAUUGGCUACUUUGUCAUCAAUGUUUGAAGUCGACCAAAAUGCAGAAUUGCCAAUGAUUGAAAUGAAGAGCCAUGCAGAGCCAGCGUAUUGUCACUUCAUCGAAGAGGAGGUGGAUGGUAAACCUUGGUAUUUUGAUAUCAAGCAUUAUCUUAAGACCCGAGAAUACCCUGAGAAAGCAUCUGAAAAUGAUAAAAGGUCGUUAAGGAGGUUGGCUGGCAGCUUUAUUUUAAACGGGGAUAUUUUAUACAAGAGAAAUCAUGACAUGGUUCUCCUCAGAUGUGUGGAUGCAAAGGAAGCCGAAUUGUUAUUGAAAGAAGUGCACGAAGGUACAUUUGGCACACACAUGAAUGGGCAUUCAAUGGCCAGGAAGAUCUUGAGAGCUGGUUAUUUCUGGUUGACCAUGGAAAAUGAUUGUUGUACACACGUGAGGAAGUGCGAAAAAUGUCAAAUGUAUGCAAACAAUAUCAAUGUGCCGCCCACGACCUUGAACGUGUUGUCUGCGCCGUGGCCAUUUUCGAUGUGGGGGAUAGAUGUUAUCGGAGCUAUAGAGCCAAAAGCGUCAAAUGGACACCGUUUCAUACUAGUCGCGAUCGAUUACUUCACCAAGUGGGUUGAGGCUGCUUCUUAUGCCAACGUGACUAGAAAGGUAGUGACCAAAUUCAUAAAAAAGGAGUUGAUCUGCAGAUACGGGUUACCUAACCAGAUUAUCACUGAUAAUGCCACCAACCUGAACAACCAGAUGAUGGCGGGGUUAUGUGAGGAGUUCAAAAUUCAUCAUCUCAAUUCUUCCCCUUACCGUCCAAAGAUGAAUGGGGCAGUAGAGGCUGCUAAUAAAAAUAUCAAGAAAAUUGUGCAAAAGAUGGUAGUCACCUAUAAAGAUUGGCACGAAAUGCUUCCUUUUGCUUUACAUGGAUAUCGUACAUCAGUACGAACGUCAACUGGGGCAACACCUUUCUCGCUUGUGUAUGGCAUGGAAGCAGUACUUCCAUUUGAGGUGGAAAUCCCAUCUCUACGAGUUUUAAUGGAAACCCAAUUGGAGGAAGCUGAGUGGGUUCAAACUCGGUUCGACCAGCUCAAUCUCAUCGAAGAAAAGAGACUAACAGCGGUGUGCCACGGACAAUUGUACCAAAGAAGAAUGAAAAAAGCUUUCGACAAAAAGGUGCGCCCAAGGGAGUUCCACGAAGGCGAACUGGUGUUAAAGAAGAUUUUGCCUAUACAAAAGGAUCACAGAGGCAAGUGGACCCCAAAUUAUGAAGGACCAUUUGUAGUAAAAAGGGCAUUCUCUGGAGGGGCACUAAUCCUCACAAGGAUGGAUGGAGAGGAGUUACCUUUACCGGUUAAUUCUGAUGCAGUAAAAAAUUUUACGCGUGAUGAUUCCGCGAUAGGGGAUGCUACUAAGGGAUAUUAACGUUGUUUUUGAAUUAUGUCGUAUUCUGUGUUGCUUCAUUCAAUAAAUGCCAUACGGUUUUAUCCACUAUUCAACUUUUACGCUUUUUUCUUUCGACACGAUUCAUGUCGCACUGGGUUUUAAAGUAAAGUAAGGAAAAAGGAAAGUGAUAAUAAUUAAAGCAUCACGGGUAUAUCCAUCGAGCACAAACUCGUUCCUGGGGGAUGUCGUGCGAAAAAAAUAAAUAAUAAAUAAGAAAAAGGACACAUGUUGAAUUCGUUGUUAAUAAAGUCAGCCGAGGGCAUAGUACUUUCGAAAAGUAAAAGCAAAUGAAGUUUUGAAAAAUGCUAGUGUUGAGUCUUUUCCUGAUUCAUAGUAACUAGUGUUCUUUUCCUACUGAAGCAUCUGCAUUCAUACUACUUGAACCCCUAGCUUUCUCGUUCCCCUUUAAAAUGGAGGAUUGUCAUGGAUAUAAGACUGGGACAGUUUUCAUCAUGAUACGCGUGCACAAUGAUCUGUUGAUCGGGGAGAAAAGUAAAAAAAAAAAAAGAAAAAAAGCAAAAAAAGAAAAGAAAAAGAAAAUUAAGUUGAUUUGUCAAUCGCUGCAGAGUUUCACUUCAGGUUUAAGGUUGGGGGAAGUAAGGCAAGUAAGCUUCAGAAUGACGUGUGGCCAUGUUCUUCACUCAAGUGAUAAAAGAAAUUUAUCCAGUUGCACCCCCUUUGAGCCGUAAGUUAUAAUUGUUUUUCUUCAUCACCCUCAACAAGAAUCAUUGGCGUAUCGAUGUCAAUCCAAAGGAACGUCAAGGGCAUCCAAGUCAAGGAGAAGAUUUGUGGAAAAAGAGAAAUGAAGAAAGAAAAGUUUCAAAAAGGGUCACAGUAGAGGCAACGAGAUGAAUAAAGAAAAAAAAAACCAAAGAAAAAAGAAGAAGAAAAAGACAACAAAAACGAAAAAACAAAACAAAAAAUGAUGAAAAAUAAAAGGACGUCCGAAGUUCCAAACUCCUAGAGACAGUUGACUCGACACCUUGCAGAUGAUUCUUGUUAAGACAAUUCGACCGUCAAACACUUAUUUGGGCCUUCAUUAUCCGUUUCUUUCAAAACCCUUUGACCUUUAGCCACGAUACAAGCCAAUUAAAGUCCACGCUGACUGAAGAAUGUUUGUCCUGAUUUUUCUCAUGAACUUAACUCUGGAACGAAAUGAUGUGGUGAAUGACACGAUCACUAGAAGAAAAGAAAAGCAUCACAAAGGAAAAUGAAAAUAUAAUGUGAAGUCUCCCCGUCAAGAGAGAAUCGUCAAACUAGGGCAUUCCUUCCUACCUGGACCUGUCCACCUCCCCAAAUCACACUUAUUGUGCACAACAAAGUUGGGGUAGGCCUGUAAGCCUUGAUUGUUGAAAUAUUAACGACACCCCCGCGGAUGGGGAAAGCACGAAAGCUAAUGUUUCCCCCAAACCAUCAUCCACAAACCAUCAUUCAGCCAUCCACUUUUCAUAAUCACUUCUCACACUCUCUCGGGUUCAAGCUAGUUUGGAUUGCAAAAAAGCAAUAAAGGGAAUUUGAACUAAUAGUUACACUCUUUUCCUCUUCAUCAAAGGACUCACCAUUUCUCGACAUUAUUUUCAAUGAAUGCAUUUUGAAUGUACAUCGAGUUUGAUGACAAUAUUGACAACGGGUUCCAAACAUGGAAUUUUUCAAAAAAAAUAAUAACAAAUAGUGAAAAAAAUGGAAAGAAAGAAAAGAAAAAAGCGAGAACAAAUGAAAAGAACGGAACAAAUGUCUAUGUGUUUGUGCAUUCAUGCAUCCUCAUGACAUUAUGUCAUGCAUCCUCAUGACAUUAUGUCAUGCAUCUCAAAGGAAGCGGGGAAUUGUUCGAAAACCCUUAUGUUUUUCUCGGUUUCUACUGAUUCUUCAAGUGUGUUGAACCCAGGUUUUAACGGCCCUCUGCAAGGCAAUG